AUGAGAUUUUCAAAGAUAUUUAGUUUCUUCGCUUUUAUUCUUUCUAUUAAAUUAUUAAAUCGUUGCCAUUGUGACGUAGGAGAAGGCGGCGUAGUUGAUACAACAGUAAGUGGUCCAGGUUUUCAUAAUCCAAGUGGUACGUCAUCAGAAGAGAAUAUAUUGGCACAAGUUACUGAAGAUUUGGAAAGGAAGAGAGCAAAGGAGAAAAUAAUAUUCAUUACAUCAUUAGUUGCUGGAUUAUUAGCACUUGCAGGUACUGUAGUAGGAGUAGGAGUAUAUGCUUCUAAAAGAAACAAGGGUAACAAUCCGGAAGAUCCUCAAAAAAAAGAAGAGGAAAAAACUGAAGGGGGAGAAGAAGAACAUAAAUAA